ACCUCAUUCAAUGUCAAAUCAGAUUAAUCGAUCUUUACCACUCGUGGUUCCAACUCAACGAUCCACUUCUUUAGACCAAUACCCAAUGACCUCUCAUUCAACUGAUUCUCAAUCUGAUUUAUCAAUUGAUUAUCAAAUUGAUCAUUCAAUGUCUAACGGUCAUAAUAAUGGUGUUGUGAAUGAUGUCUUCUUUUCUGACCCAAUGAUUAAUGAUACCAUAGAUCAGCAUCUUUAUUUUGAUAGUGAUGCUUCUUCUGAUACGGACAUUUUAACUCCUAAUCCUCAUUAUUCGCCUAAUCUUUCUCCCAUUGAGUUGGAUGAUGAUGGUUCAAUCUGGAAUCUUAUUUACGAGAAUGAAUUAGAUGAUCCAAAAGAAAAAGUCCCUCAAUCUCCUGUUAAUAUCUCUUCUUCCUCGGAGACUGUUAUCUCUUCAUCUUCGUCUUUAACUCCAGUAUCGUCUUCCGAUCAUGAUAUGGUUUCGUCUUCUGCCUCGCAGUCGCAAUCUUCAAUUGUCUCAUCCGAUGAAACGAUCUCUUCGAAUUCUAUGAAUACAAUUAAUCCUUCGUUGAUUUCUUCAUCUACUUCGAAUAAUUUCUACCACGAUACAUUAUUAACAGCAUAG